AUGGACGACGAAUUGCUUGAGUUGCAGAGACAGUUCGAGUUCGCUCAACAAGCGAAGUCCAUCAUCGAUUUCGAGCUUCUCGAUCAACUGAGAAAUGAGAUGGUGACUAAGGUGAAGAGAUUAGGGCGAAUUUCUGUGAUUGAUCUUGCUGAUGUUACUGGAGUUGACUUGUACUAUGUUGAGAAAUUGGCUCAGAGUAUUAUAACUGAUCACGGGGAAUUGAUGUUGACUCAAGGGGAAAUCGUUACGGAAUCUUACUGGGAUUCGAUUGCGGAAGAGAUUAACGAGAGGCUUCAAGAAUGUAGUCAGAUUGCUUUGACGGAACUUGCUGCGCAAUUGAAUGUUGGUUUGGAUUUGAUUGCGUCUGUGUUGGAGCCGCGUCUUGGAACUAUAGUUAAAGGAAGGCUUGAAGGUGGGCAGUUGUAUACUCCUGCCUAUGUUGCUCGUGUUAGUGCCAUGGUUCGAGGUGCUGCUAGGGGCAUUACAGUUCCGACAAAUUUGACAGUGUUAUGGAGCUCGUUGCAGAAUUUACUGCAAGAAAUGGAUGGAGCCAGUGGUGUGGCUGAAAUUUCAGGGUCUGUACGUGCUGGAGUGCAUUGGACACCAGCUGUAUUUGCUGUUGCUCAAAAGGAAUCUGUGGAUUCAUUCUUUUCACAAAAUUCUUUUAUCAGCUAUGACGUUCUGCAAAAACUUGGAAUUCCUCAGCCCGUUCAAUUCUUGCAGGUAACUAAGUUGUUCUUAUGUUGA